CUUCCAGCGGUGACAGACCCUGCGGGGAGGGGACGCGCCGUUAGAAGGAGCGGCCAGCGGGCCGGGCCCCCUCCCGCCCCUCCUCCCGCACCCACCGGGAGAUGCGGAUCCGGUCCCGCACGGGCAGGUUACGAACCCCCGCGACUUCACUAGCAACCCGGCAGCCUGCAGCCGAGAGUCGCAGCGCCCCGGGUUGGGGGCGUGUCUUCCGGGCGCGCACUUCCGCUUCCGGUUACCAGAGACGUCUUUAAUUCGGUCUCUGCGCUCCGCCGUCGCGGUUGUGUUUUCGGCAGGUUCCAGGCGAUUCGAGCACGGAACAGAAUGAUCGAGGUUGUGUGUAACGACCGUCUGGGCAAAAAAGUCCGUGUUAAGUGCAACACCGAUGACACCAUCGGCGAUCUCAAGAAGCUGAUUGCGGCCCAGACGGGAACCCGUUGGAACAAGAUCGUGUUGAAGAAGUGGUACACGAUUUUCAAGGACCACGUGUCUCUGGGGGACUAUGAAAUCCAUGAUGGCAUGAACUUGGAGCUUUAUUAUCAGUAGAGCAGAAUCACCCGCCCCCCUCCUUACCUCCCACUUGCCUUUUCCUGCCACCCUGACCCCCCUCACUGGUAUGGCCGCCUGGCCUCCUGUUUUUAAAAAGAAAAACCCAUGGUAAUAAAAAAUGCAAAAGUUUC